AUGGCUGUGGGCCUCAUUCAUGACUCUCCGAGUCUCACCGUGGAUAUGCAAGACAUCGUCGAGCGCUGGCUGCGCCAGUUCGCUAUCGCCGCCUCCUCGGGAGACGUUGGGGCAACCGUCAGGACCUUCGUUCCCAACGGCUGGCUACGCGAUGCCCUCGUCUUCACGUGGGACACGCGCUCUCUGGAAGGACAUGCCAAGAUCACUGCGUAUCUCGCUGACACGCUCCCCAACGCCCGUCUCUCCGGCUUCAAGCUUGACGAGCGAGUGUGGUUUCGUCCGGAACGAGUGCUGGACGGCGCUGGUAUUAGUGCAGGGUUCGUGUUCGAGACUCCUCGUGCAUGCGGUCGGGGUUAUGUCCACUUGAUGGAGGAGACCGACGAAAGGGCAGAGGAGAGCCAGGACGAUCUUAGCUGGAAGGCACUUUCGGUUUUCAUGAUGCUUAUAGAGAUCAAAGGUCACGAAGAGAGCGGCUCUGAGGCAGGUGUGUAUGGCGGCCAUACCCUGUCCUGGGAGGAGGUAUACGGUGCGCGACGUACGAAGAUCGAGGCCGACCCACAUGUAAUCAUCGUGGGGGCCGGACAGACAGGUUUGCAAAUCGCAGCACGCUUCUCAAAGAUGAACAUUUCGGCGAUCGUCGUGGAGCGGAACAAGACCGUUGGUGACCAGUGGAGGGAGCGCUAUCCAACGCUAUCGCUGCACACGCCGCGAAACCACCAUACUUUCCUGUACCAGUCAUAUCCGGUCAACUGGCCAGAGUAUACUCCCCGAGACAAACUCGCGAACUGGCUUGAGCAAUACGCCGUGUCGCAAGACCUGAUAGUCUGGACGAACUCGCAAAUAGCGUCCACGCCACGCCCGACCUACGAUGCCGCCAGUAAAAGGUGGACAGUCACCGUCAAUCGCAACGGCAACCCUGUCGAGCUGCGCCCAAAGCAUAUCGUGAUUGCGAUCGGAAUGCUCGGCGAGGCGCGCAUACCAACGAUCCCGGGUCGAGAGACAUUUGUAGGGAACGUUCUGCACGCUAGCACAUACGGAGGAGGGCAACCUUACGCAGGCAAACAUGCGAUUGUCGUUGGAGCAGGGAACACCGCCGCAGACCUCUGCCAGGAUCUUGCCUUUCGCGGUGCACAGGUCACAAUGAUCCAGCGAUCAUCAACCUGUGUGCAAUCGAUAACGUCAGUCAAAGAGGUCAUGGACAAAGCGUACCCCAACGACGUACCUCUGGAAGUGUCAGACUUCAAACUCGCCGCAAUGCCCUUGGGUUUGUUGAGAAUCUUCGCGAGGCAGAGGACGGCACAGAUGUGGGAGAAGGAGAAUGAUCUGCACGCAAAGCUGAGGAAGGGCGGUGUGAGGCUGAACAUGGGAACGGACAAUUCGGGACAGGUCUUCUUAAGAGUUGAACGUGCAGGAGGGCAUGAUGUCGGUCUCGCCGAUAUGAUCGAGUCAGGACAAGUGAAGGUGAAGGCCGGCGUGGAGAUAAAGCAGUUCCUCGAGAAGGAGGUGAUCUUCACUGAUGGAACAACGCUACCAGCCGACGUAGUGGUUCUCGCCACGGGAUACAUCGACCCACGCGAGAGUUUGAUAGACACCUUCGGUGCCGAUGUCAUUAGACAAACGAGCCCACUGUGGGGUCUCGACGAGGAAAAUGAGGUCAAAGGAUGUUUCAGGCGUAGCGGAUACCCAGGACUAUGGUACGGUGCGGGCGACUUCGCCAUGGGCAGGUUCCUAUCUAAACAAUUGGCUUUGCAAAUCAAGGCUAUAGGACUUGGCAUGAUGGACUGAGGUCCUUGCCCACUGAUAUUGAUCUACAUGCCCGGGUCGUUCGUCCUGAAAGGGGUGUUGUUAACAGAAUAGCGAGAGGAAAUUUUGGAGAUAUACUUAGGGAUGUUUCUUCGCAUAGUAGGUGCUGUGCGAGGAUACCGAAGAGCAUCGGUAGUGUACCAUUUCCGUGUGCCUGAUUGCGAAUGGGCGGUACGGCACGUUCGAUAGAUUCGCAUGUACUACAUGUAUUAUUCUCUGGGCCGAGAGUGCAGAGCAAAUGAUACACGUCAGCGAGGACAUGCAAUUGAUGACGGCCACAGACGAGGUCGGCGCAGAGAUCUCAAUCUUCGGUAAGGAGAGCUCAUGGCCAGCAGCAGCAACGAAUAUCUGUAGUGACUCCGUCCAAGGUGCAGCAUAGAAUAUCAGACAAAUGCAGAGCAACCAGAAAAAGGCUCAGAAAUCAGCUCCGAGCUGUGCUGCGAGUUCAGAG